GUGUCGGCUGGUCAACAUUUGCAUCUCAGUGGUGACCUUAAAGGAAAUGUCUCUAUUGCAGCCCAGCAAGGCAUGCAUUUCAGCCAACACAAUUCUCAAAAUGGCACAUCACAGACUCAAACUUCACAAAACAAUAACCAGCAUUCUCAGCACAGUCCCCUGUCAAAUUCUCAGCAUCAAAACUCGCCCAUGCAAAAUAAUAUGAAUGCACAACAUGGACAAAACACAAUGAACCACCAAGCAGGUCCGCAGGUAGGAAACGCGAUGGUGUCCGGAGGUCACACCAUGCCAGGUUCUCAGCUUAGCAGCCAGCAAAGUCCUUUGGGGUCAAAUAUACCUGGGGGAAUUCCGGGCUCAGCAGGUAUGCCUGGUUCUGGUAGUUUAGGGGGAGCAAACAAUAUGGGAAUACCCAAUUCCGGUAUGGGUCAGAAUAAUUUAGGAGGACCUAAUGGCGCCAUGGGAGGACCUGGGAGUAACAUUGGUGGACCUGGAGGUAUGCCAGGUAAUCUGGGAGGUAUGCAACAUCCAGGCAUGCAUGUUGGAGGGUUAACACCAAACCAUGGAGAUUCUUACUCAAUGUCACAAACCCAAACCAUCAACUUUACACAGCAAUCCCUUCGAAGAGCUGGAGGAGCUGGUGGAGUACCAAAUCCAAUGGGACCAACUGUCCCCAUGGGACCAGGCUCUAUGGGUGGCCAAGCAAAUAUGGGACCACGUUUGAUAAAUGCCCAAACUAUUGAGCAGCAGAAACUACUUCAUCAACAAAUGCUUCGGGUACAGCAACAAGCCGCAAUGCAGCAACAUAUGGUCAGACCACCACCUCCUGACUAUAAAACUAGCGCUGGAAUGAUGCAAGGUGUUCAACCGAGAUAUGGAAAUGGCCCUCCCACUGUAAGAAGGAUGCCACAUCAACCCAUGCCACCGUCUGGUCCAAUGAUUCGUUCAAAUAUGUAUAUGAUUCAACAACAACAGCAGCAGCAGCAGCAACAACAGCAGCAGCAACAGCAGCAUCAACAGCAGAUACCACAGAGGGCAGCUAUGUAUUCCAGACAGCAGGGACCAAUGGGCGGAAUAGAAUCUGUCCAGCACAAUGCUUCUGAAUGGAGGCAUUUACUCAUGACUCAACAGCAAAACGCUAAUUUCAGUCCUAUGAGACCUAACUUCCAGCAAGGAUUCAACAUGAACUCAGGCAAUAUGCAGCAGAUGUCUGCUUUACAACACCAGCAAAUACGAACACAGCAAGGUAUGGUUUCUGGUGGCAUGACCGGCGGUCAACAAGCCCUAAACCAAGGAAUGGGCCAGGGGCAGGUUAUGACCCAAGGCAACAGUCCCAUGGCACAAAUGAACAACAUGAAUCAUGCUGUGUUACAUAUGCAACAGCAGCAGCAACAGAGUUUACUACAACAGAAUUCGCAG